UUUUCAUGCGGAGCCGAUCAAGGGGGCUAAGUUCUACUUCAUGCGUGGGGUACCACACAACCACCCCCGCACAGGGUCCAGCUUCUCUUCUCCAACAUCAAAGACGCCAUGGCUCACGACUCGGUCUUGCUGGUUGACGAGGCUGUGCUACCUGAGAAGGGCGUUGGCUUCAUCGCCUCGUCCAUCCAUUUGACUAUGCUAGGCGCCUUUGCGAGCAUGGAGCGCACCAAGGCCGAAUGGCGCGAACUCGCGGAGAGCGUGGGCCUGGUUCUUACCAAGACAUACACGUAUAACGCUCUUGAGAAUGACACCGUCCUAGAAUGAGGUUGCCUGGGUAUACUCAAUAGGGUAGUGAUGGAAGG